AUGGACACAUUUUUCGUAGUAGGCAAUUUGGUACGUGUACUCGUCAUUUGGUCGCUAGCUUUCAUAGUUUACGCGUUGAUACGGUCGAUAUUUGCUGCAUUUUUCUUAGAGAUAGCCAAACUUAACUAUUACAUGCCGUGCAACUAUGAUCCAAACAAAUUUAUCAGACACAUUGAUGUUCAUGGAGAUGAAAUUACUGUAAUUGAUCAGUUCGAUAGACAAGAAGUUGUGAAGAGCAGUGCAAUCGACCAGGUGUUCCAAUAUCCUACAUCAUACAAUAUUCAGUACGAAAAGUCUAUAAGAGCACUGUUAUUCUUCCGUAAAGCACCGUGUUUAUUUCCGGAUAAAGUGGUGUUUCUAAAACAUGAACCGCAAAAUAUACACGGAUUAAGCUUCGUAGAUCUCUGCCAGACCAUAACUAAUGAACGAUACUCGGUCAAUGAUGUGACAUCUUUUAAGACGCUUUUCGGUUUCCUAGUUUACGGAUUAUUGGAUGGAUACGAAAUACAGAUCCAUAGUAACUGCAUUCUUGUGGUAUUUGAUGGCAUGUACCUGUUCUGUGUACAAGUUGAUGAUUGCUGUCAAUACUUAGGAACAAUACACGUGGCAUGGAGCUAUCCAAUCGUGUUAAAGGUUGAUCAAUCGUUUUUCAGAAUGGUUAUAAGCACAGAAAUUUAUGUUGGAAUGGUUUACAAGAAAAUAGUUAACAUCAAGCCGCGGAAUUUUUGGUUCGAUGAAAGGUUGCAGAGUGAAGAGCUUAAUAAAAUAUUUGGCUCGUUGAUUUUUACAUCUUGUGUGGAUCAACUACCCGAAACAGAAACAGACUACCUAAAUAAGUGUAUUAGCCAAUCACAAAAGGUUAAAGAAUACCGAAAAACUAGUAGCGAUGAGAUUUACGAUCUGUAG